GUUUCAGUCUCCCCAGCAACGCAGCCCAGCCAGAUUUCACACUUUUGAAAGGAUUCUGGCCCAUCUCGCCAUGCAUGGCCUUCCGCACCUUCUCUCCGUAUUGAGUCCAGCCGCUGUUGGCUGUGGAAGUCCGCCGGAGCUCGCGAGCCGAAUAGGCACUGCCUCCAUGAAAGAACACGCGCCGCUACAGGAUGAUCAUCCGACCCCAGAUUCCACAUCCUUCCAUCUAUUCCUAUCUAAUAUACGUAUAGUUCCAGUAAAGCUCUCCCACAAUUCACGAUACACCAUACAAUCCCAGCUCUUCCGCGUUCUUCACAUAGUCCAAGGAAUGGGUCGCUCCGGGAACAUAGACCAGAAGGGGGCACAGCCGUAUCGUCCGCCCCAUGGAACAGAUAUGUGGGCGGGAAUUCGGAUGUCACAUGGAGCUGGGGGAAGAUUCGACGGUGGUGCUCAGGGAUGAGCUCUGCGGCAGCAUCCUGCAUAGCAAAAGGGUCGCUGACUAGGUCGGGGUUGUCCAGAAGCGGCCGGAGAGUCGCCGACAAGCUGGGUUCGUGCUGGCCAGUCCAGUAGUCCAGAUACUGUCCAAGCUGGAGAUAGAGGCGGGAUAAAUAUGUCCGGGGGUUCGAGGGCCAGCCAGGUUUCGUUGGGUGAUCGAGGGGAUAAUACUCGAGGGGAGAAUCGCAGAUGGGUUGAAGGGCUUGACAUCCGGGAUACAGCAGGUCAGGGAAGUCGGCGGGAUCCAGCAUCUCGCGCCCGAGGAAGAACGGCUUCGUCUUGGGCGAGAGGGUCUGAUGGGUCUGUGGCACAUGCAUACAGAGCGAGGAUGGCCUUCGGCUUAGGCGAGACAUGGAUCCCCGCCAGCAGGGCACACAACCCGCCAGCACUGGAUCCCGCGGCGGCCAUCGCAUCAGGUCGAAUUCCGAAUUCAAGAUCCUCGCCCGACUUGAAGCGCGUGUUUUCGUCGCGCAGGAAAGCGAACACGUCCUGAAUGUCGUCUAUCACGUUAUGCACCGUGGCGGGGCCGGGAAUGAGCUGAUAGUCAACGGAAACGAGCACCAUGCCAGCGGCAUUGAGACGCGCUGCGACACAUGUAGUGAUUGAGUAGCCAACACGCCAUUUGCAUCGAGCGGUGACGUACCUUGAAGCCAGCUAGGAAACCAGCUGUUUCUACUUCCGACAGUGAGUCCACCUCCGUGAAAGUACACAACGGUGGGCAGCCGCAAUACUUCGGUUUUAGAACGCGCUUCGUGGCGAAGGGAACUGAUGUCGGGCGGGUACACGUUGAGAAGCAGAGAUAGCUCUCCGACUUUCUUGUAACAGACAUCGAUGCAUUCCAUGGCGUGUUGGAUGGAAGGGGACAAUGAAGAGAGCAGACGUCGGAGAGAGAGGGGUGUGUAAUGAGGUGAUCGUAUAUCACGCUGUCUGUCAGUCUGUGGUGCUCCUCAUUCUGCUCCCCUUUCUCCUGUGUCCACAGUGCCAGAGACUCGCAGACAUUGGUAUCAUGCGCUUGGGUGCGAGAGAAUCCAAUCGUUCUGCUUGGCCUACUGCGGUACUCGGGCGUACAUAGGAUCUGGGUUUGGUUCCGGUCAAGAAAACUCGACGAGAUGAUCAUGAUGACUGGGAGUGCAGGGGGUGGUGGGAAAAACGCGCUCAGUUACGGUUUACCACACUACGAUGACAUCACCAGUCUUCACGCGCAGACGCGAUCACCUGACAGAUAGCAGCAAGCGGCGACAUUGGUCAAGGAACACGGCAGACAUGAGAGUAAAGUGCAUUGGCAAUGGCAGGUACUUGAAUUUGACUAGGGAGGGUAGAGUAGAAGUGGUUCUCUAGGAACGAUUAUGGAAUCGUGCAACACCAGGCACGACCGCCGCGCUCGGCGACUACGAAAAGUGGACUAGGUAGUGCAAAAGAGUGUGUGAAAAAGAGUGUGGGUGGUAAAGGAGUGACAGUGUUUU